AUGAACUCCUCCUUGGGCUCCUCGCCGUAUCGCGGCCGUCAUCAUCAUCCGCAAGUCCAUCCUCCAUCCGCUCCUUCGUCGUCUGCAACCACUUCUCCCGAUCCCACCUUCAGCCCGUCUAGCAUCGCUGGCGGCAGCAGUGCCAGCUACACCAGCACCGAUAGCUUCACUCCCUCCUUCACACCCGACGCCAUCGCUGCCUCACACUGCACACCUUCUACUGCCAACGAAGCUCGAGCAGAUAUCUACCGCGCAGAGGCAGCAGCAUCGUCUUCAACCACACUGCGGCGUAGAGCUCAGCCAUCGUAUCGCACUGACGCCGUCGCUACUCCGUCUGAAUCCAGCGCGUCCGAAUCACACUUUGACAGUCUUCACGAGCUCCUGGAACGAGCCGGCUACAAAGAGACGCGGAUCGUCACACCCGACCGCCAAUCGCUAGCAGGCAUGUUUGCGAAAAAGCUCGCCACUCCACCGAGGAAGCCUAGGCUCGUCGAUGACUUCUCCUCAGACUCACCUUCGCUUGCUGCUUGCGAGCUGAGACGCGCCUUUGAGAAGGGUACUGCAAGCCGCUCGACACCUAAAGCAUCCACCAGUAAAAGCCUGCCAUCUCGCAACUACAAGCUUCCAGCGCAGGCUCACGCGCCACCGCUUCCUGACGCGGCCGCCUCAACAUCGAGCUGGUUCCCCAAUCUCUGGUUCUUCGGUCCAGGCACCAUCCCUGCCGAAAACUCUCACGCCGCCGACCCGCUCGCCGUACCGGCGGGCAGCAGCGAGCAAAUCGCGACGCACCAGAUCGAGUCCGAAUCGUCCACGCGAGCAUCAGGAUCGGCAUCUACAGCUGAGCCCACCUCUGCGUCAACAGCAUCGACAUCUGCGGUGCCGACCAAGACGAAAAGAACCGCAUCCAACAACUCGGUCUGGACCGCGAGUGUCGCGUACAGGUCCGCAAAGUCACGCACGGCUCCUGUCCGGAAGAAUGCCGCGGUCUCUUCACAGCUUGCAAAUGGUGAUCACGAUGCGGAAGAAGCCUGGAAGGCGUUGCAGAACGGAGCAUCCAAUGGCAACGCCAAGAGGCGUCCGGGUCUAGUUGACGCCUUCUCGAGUCCCACCAAAAAAAGGCCAGCAAGCAACCCUUCGCAUAACAGCCCCAGUCGUCAGCGCAAGUGGAGACAGGAGAGGGCUGCAUGGAGAGAGUCCCUGGGAGAUCUGCAGGCGAUGAUGGACCAAUCACGCACACGACGUGAGGCAGCAGCUGCAGCCGCCGCAGCAAAGGCGCAAGCCGGCACAGCAGAAGUGGCUGAAAACAACGACGACUCUGCAGGCACCGCGUCCGUCGAGAACCACAGUCAGUCGGAUCAGGCUACCGCCGAAGAGCCUUCUGCAUUCCUCGCGACGCAAUCCGACGACGACGCAGUGGCGAAGCUCUUGUCCGGCCCAGCCCUGCCUUUCCUAUCAACCGAUCCCGCCGUCGCACCUCGGAACGCCUCCUGCACCACACCCUCUCAUCUCAGUAUGCGACGCAUGAAGAGCGUCGAAGUGCUCUCCAAGAUCAUACGGGAACGUCGAACCAUCUCCGCCACCGCUUCGUCCACGCCGCCUGCUCACUCAGCCUCAGAGACCUCGCAAAGCUCGAUCGAGAUCGACACGCAAGCCGGCCAGAUCAGCCCAACGAUCAAGAAACGCUCCACACCACCUCGACUCACCGUGACCUCGCCACGCGGCAUCUCUUCGCCCAAAGAGCUGGCACUGGAAGGCCAGGAAUUCGAGCCCAUGUCCUGGUCUCCUGGCAAAUCCGGUUCGGUGAUCAUCUCGAAUCGGCGAGUGCAAAAGAAGCCACGCUCCAAGCUGCGUCAUGUUUCCUCUGGUUCUGAUCUGCGGUCCGCUGCAGCGAAAGAUGCACAGGGCGAGCUCAAGAUGCCCAGUCGUAGGGGCAGGUGUACGCGAGUCAAGACGUCUCCUGAAACGUCACCCGAAGCGAGGGGACCCGUGGCUGCACUCAUUCGUGAUUCCGUAGGCACGCUGUCGCGAGGCAGCAAAGUGCGAGCCCUGCGACACAACGUGCACGUGUUUGACGAUCCGGACGGCCAAGCUGGUCUGGAAGGGGGUGUCGACAACUCGCCCACUCGACAGCGUUCUCGAAGUCGGCCAGACGGAAAAGUCCUUGCACUGUCCAACACACACAACACGACAGAGGACGACAUCUUCCGCCCAACAGGUACGCUCAAGAAGAAGGACUUCUCGGCUCGCAUCACCCGGACCAGCAAGAUCAUGCGUCUCAUCGAGGAGGCGGAGAACAUCCCCUCGAUCGCAUCCAUGAUCCAACCACAGCCCUCGUCCAAAGCACCACCCGCGCGUCGCAGCACAGACUCGACGGGUCUCUCCAGCUCGCUAAGCCGCAAGAGCAGGGACAGGAUGCACACCAUCACAAGGGUGUUGGGCGAGAAACAGGUCGCCUCCUGA